UUGCAAAAAUUUAUAAUUUUUUUUUAUAUUUCACAAUAGCUGUUGGAUAGUGCUAGUAGAGCCAGCAUUCGUAGCAUUUAAGAAGAUUUUCGCUUUUUUGACAAUGGAGUACAAUAACGAAUGUAAUGUAGGACUGCAUAUGUUGUUAGAGGCAGCAGAACUCAUCAGGAAUGAGAACAGAAAUGCUGAAAUAGGGGUUAUUUGCGAAACUCCGACUGGUGUGAACUAUGAGGAAGUGCCCACUGGCUUCUCAAUGUCAGAAAGUUGUUCCUGGAACACAAGUGGUCUAGCAUACCUUUCUUUCGCCAAUAUAGUUGCUUCAACACCAAUAAGGGAAUCGAGGAAUCCGGCAACAUUAUCAGCGCUAGAUUUGUCUUCGUCUUAUAUGGAAGAAUCGCCACCAAGUGGCAAUCUAUCGUACAGGAGCAAUGAGCCCUGUAUGAUUGAUAUCCCUUUGCAUUUAGCUCCCGUUAAUCGCAGCGAGAAAACUGAACCUGUCAGAGGUAAUGCCUGUGUUCCGUUAAAUCUAGCUACAACGAGUAGAAGCGCAUCUGCACAGUCUGUGUUCCAUCCACCUAUAAACGACGUUUAUCUUCGUAGUCCUCUUUCUCCGCUGGACAUGAAUAACAAUAAACUUCAAACAGGCUUUUCGGCAGGCUCCCUGCAGGCCGCCUAUACUGUCCAUAGUGAUAAUAUGUCUUUACACGAAUCAACGGAAACAAGCAAUGAAGCUCGGCAAAUGAAAGAUGAAUACUUCAAUUCCGGAAGCGACGAUGAAAACGACUACGACCAUGACCCUGACAAUGUCGGUGAUACUACGAUGUUGAACGAAUUCUCAUUAUACGAAUUCUUUAAGGUGUAUCGCAAUGAUGCUUUUAUUGGGGACAGAGAUGAGUUUACCAACGAACAGGCCGAUGAACGUGUUGCUCAUGAAGCCGGUUCAUCUUCUGCAGUAAUAGAUCCAGGUUUCGAAGAAUUGUAA